AUGCCGGGUUGCGGUAAAGAGUUGUUGUAUCGACGUCGUUAUGGGAAACUUCGUUUGCUUGAUCACGUUCGCACUCACUGGAGUAAAUCUAUCAAGUUAUGCAAAGUCUGUGACAACUAA